UUCCUGUGCUUCUUUGGAGGGCUGGCUGUGCUAUUUGAGCCAGGCUCUCCCGCUUGAAGGAAAAGAGGGAGAAAAGAGGCAGAGAACGGGGAAAGGCUGAAUGGGACUCGAGCGUAGCUGUUGUGUGCAUGACUUUCGUGAGAUCCCCUCCCCCUCAGGGCAGCCGCAGCCCUCGUUCGCCUGGAGGUGAGCGGCAGGAGGAUGGCAACACUCUGUUCCUGAGCACAAUAUAACCUUGUUCUGACCAAGAACAAUACAAGGACAUCUUGAGGUCAGUCUAGGGAGAAGAAGGCAUUCAAAAUGGCAGAGCUCGCUGUUGAGAAUGGUAGCUGCAUGGACUGGCAGAAACGAUGCCUUGCAUUGGAGACACAGCUCUUCAAAUUCCGCCUGCAAGCUAGUAGGAUCCGGGAGCUUUUGGCUGAGAAGAUGCAAGAACUGGAGCAAAGAGUGGUUGAGGCAGAACAGAGAGCCCAAAAUGCAGAGAAACAGUGUGAGGGAAUCUUUCAGGUGGACGUUAUGGAAGAGAAGCUGAAACUUGCCCACAUGAAAACAAGCGGUUCAAGUGUACACAAGAAAUACCAGGAGCUGGUGAGCAGAGUGCAAGAAAAGGAUGAACUGAUCGAGAAACUGGAGACACAGCUGGAAAAGCAGAAGCAACUGAGAGCGGAUGAUGCUAAAAUUGUCCAAGAAAAGGCUGCCAAAAUUAAAGACUGGGUGACAGCUAAACUAAGAGAGCUUGAGAUGGAAAACCAUUACCUCAAGGGUUAUAACCUGAAGCUGACUGAGCAGAUCAAAGUCCUUCAAGCAGCGCUGCAAGAUUUGAUGACUGUGCCUUCUGAAGAAUCUGUUUCCAACUGCAACAUCCAGCUGUUUCGAGACCGAUUGUCCUGCCUCCUUGAGAACUCAGACCGGGAUUCCAGGAUUCUUGCAAUGGACAUCAAACAGGCAUAUCAGAGUGUAUCCAUGAAAGGGGUUCCUUAUAUAGCAAGUGUGGUAUUUAUGAAUGAUGCCUGUGUAACGGGUGAGGUGAACAAAUCGGUGCCUUCUCGGAGCUCACUGAGGCUUAUCUCUGACUUCCCAGACUACCAGAACUCUUUGGUAAAUGACCUGGUCCCCAUGGCACAUACCCAAAUCUGCCCAUCAUCAGACCACCAAGCUGAGACUGUGAAGUUUCAUGGAGCUUUAACUUUUCAGUCUCCCCUGGAGGAACUGCAGAAUUCCAUUGGUGAUUCAGACAAGACAUUAUCUGACUUGUGCAAGCCAGCAGAUGGACUGAGUGCUGACUUCAGAACUCAUAGGUUGCACUCAUCCUCAUCUGGGGAAGUGAAAAAUGUUCUUAAUGGUUCUCUUUCAACGUCAACUCCAGCCCUGAAGUUGCCAAAAUCCAUUACUUCAACCUCCCACAAUUUCCCAGGAAGGGAAGCUGGACUAGGUAACAGCAUGACCCUCCCCAAAGUUCGAACUCCUAGCAAUCCAAGGGACAGCAUCCUGCUCGCCAAGCGGCAUUAUAGCCAACCACAGUCAGGUGCAGAUUCCUUCCAUCAUGUGGCGAACAAUGAUAUCGGCACUUUUAAGCCUAUAAGUGCUGCUUCACAUUGCCGGGGACAGGUGGAAGAGACUGAUAUAGAUGAGGAAGUAGCUGAGAACAUGGAGAUGGAAGACUGUUUGGGGGAGGAGGCAGGGAUGGAUGAAGAGAUUCACCAGCAAUCUUGCUAUAAUAAGGAGACAUGGACUUCUGAAACCAGAGUGAUGGACCCAGGAGGCAAGCCACCCACUCCUCCGCUGCACAGAUUUCCAUCUUGGGAGAGUCGGAUCUAUGCAGUAGCCAAGUCUGGCAUGAGGCUUUCAGAAGUGGCUCUUGGGAGUGACUCUUCUAGCCGGACUUCAAAUUCUUCAAGCUAUUCACCCGCUGGAACGUUCACCUGCCUCAUUUACAGAAAUGUCACUGUGCCUGUGUACACCAUGCUAAAAGGGAAAGCUACCCAAAUCAGCAACGUUCCUUUCCUAGACGAGUCCUCCGGCUCUGAUGAUGACUGCAGCUCUCAUGUCAGCUUCAGAACCUCCAAUGCAGGAUCUGAAUGCAGAAAAACAAGCAUACCAGGCAGUCCUCGUGCAGUGAAGCGAGCAGGUGUCUCUAUGUCUUCGCUAAGCUCGGAGAGUGACUACGCCAUCCCCCCUGAUGCCUACUCCGUUGAUGAAGAUUAUUUUGAACCAGAGCACAAGUUGCAGCGGACAUCAUCCUAUUCCACAGAUGGUGGAGUGUGCAGUGAGCCGCUGGAGAAAUCUGGCUAUUUGCUGAAAAUGGGCAACCAGGUGAAGGCAUGGAAGAGGCGGUGGUUUGUGUUGAGAAAUGGACAGAUCAUGUAUUAUAAGUCCCCGAGUGAUGUCAUCUGCAAGCCCCAGGGGCAGGUGGAACUGAAUUCUUCUUGCCAGAUCAUACGGGGUGAAGGAUCCCAAACAUUCCAACUCAUCACUGAAAAACGAACCUAUUUCCUGUCAGCUGACUCUCCUAACAUUCUGGAGGAAUGGAUUUGUGUCCUUCAAAACAUCCUGAAGGUGCAGGCGACCAGUCCUACGGAAGUCCCUCUCAGUGAUGCCAAACCCACUGUGAAAGGCUGGCUCACCAAGGUGAAACAUGGACACUCCAAGCUGGUUUGGUGUGCGCUGAUUGGAAAAACAUUUUACUAUUAUCGCAGUCAGGAAGACAAGUGCCCCCUUGGCCAUUUGCACCUGCGGGAAUCAAAGGUGGAAGAAGUUGAUCGCUCCUGUGAUUCCGAUGAAGAUUAUGAGGCUAAUGGUGGGGGGCUACUUUCUUCCCAUUGCACCCUGGUUAUUCACCCUCCGGAGCAGAGUCCCACCUACCUACUCAUUCGUACCAAACAGGAGAAGGAUACCUGGUUGUACCAUCUGACAGUAGCAGCAGGAAGUAGCAGUGCAAAGGCAGGCACUGCGUAUGAGCAGCUGAUUGGGAAGCUACUAGAUGCAGAAGGAGACCCAAAUUCUCCCUUGUGGAAACAUCCUAUGCUGUGUUACAGCAAAGAGGGGCUGCAGGCUUCCCUCACCACUCUGCCUUCAGAAGCCCUGCAGACAGAGGCCCUCAAACUCUUCAAGUCUUGCCAGCUGUUUAUCAACAUUCCUGUGGAAGCUCCAUCUAUUGAUUAUCAUGUGACCCUGGCUCAGACAGCACUCCAGGUCUGCCUGACUCACAGUGAGCUACAGAAUGAAAUCUAUUGUCAGUUAGUCAAACAGACCAGCAGGGAAGCUCAGAAUCACUCCGUCAUCCAGUGCUGGCAAUUACUAGCUCUUUGCGCUCCUCUCUUCCUGCCUCAGCAACAUUUCCUUUGGUAUCUCAAGCAUCACCUACAGCAGCAUGCAGACCCCAGAACCGAAAUAGGCAAGUAUGCCAUCUACUGUCGAAGAUCAAUGGAGCGCACUUUGAAAGCUAGAGAGCGAGAAGCUAGACCUUCCCGAAUGGAAGUCGUGUCCAUUUUGCUGAGGAAUCCCUACCACCACUCACUCCCCUUCAGCAUCCCAGUACACUUCAUGAAUGGAACCUACCAGGUGGUCGGUUUUGAUGGCUCCUCAACCGUGGAUGAGUUCUUGCAGCAGCUGAACCAGGAGACAGGAAUGAGGCUGUCGUCAAACUCAGGGUUUUACCUAUUUACAGACGAUCCUUCUGGUAGGGAUCUAGAACACUGCCUACAAGGCCCUAUGAAGGUCUGUGAUGUCAUUUCAAAGUGGGAGCAAGCUCUGAAAGAGUUGAAUCCUGGAAAAUAUGAAGGUGGCACGAGAAUCGUGAAACUAACGUAUAAAAACAGGUUGUAUUUCCGAAGCCAAGCAAAAGGUGAGACGGACCGAGAACGAUUGCUGCUGGCUUUCCAGAUUAGUGGGGAAAUAGCCAGUGGGAGAUUCCCUGUCAAUAAGGAGCUGGCUCUGGAAAUGGCAGCUUUGAUGGCUCAGGUGGAAUAUGGAGACUUAGAUCGGCCAGUACCCUCAAGUCCUGGAAGGUCAUCCCACUCCAAAAUGCAACAUCUUCUCCAGCAGGUCCUGGACAAAUUCUAUCCCAAGCGCUACAAGCAUAGCACUACUGCAGAGCAGCUAAGGCGGCUGGCUGACCGACUGGCUACAAAGUGGAUGGCGUUGCAGGGAUGCUCCCCACAAGAAUGCAUUCGGAUCCAUUUGACUGUGGCUCGGAAAUGGCCUCUUUUUGGAGCCAAACUGUUUCCUGCUAAGCCUGUCCUACCUUCUCCCUUGGAAGACUCUCCACUUUGGAUAGCUGUGAAUGAAGAUGGAAUCAGUAUACUGGAAUAUAAUACUUUGCACUUAAAGCUGGCUUACUCGUACUCUUCUGUACUGACCUUUGGAGGCUGUCACGAUGACUUUAUGGUUGUGGUCAGUCAAGUGAAGGACAGGUGCUCUGGCAAAACCACUCCUGAAAAACUACUUUUUACAAUGGCAGCUGUAAAGAUUGCUGAAGUGACUCUCCUUAUGGCCAGCUAUAUUAACUACAGUUCAUCGACGCCACACCUGUCUCCUACGCCUCCUCCUCAGAGUGUCAGUUCACCAUGGAGAACGUCAUCUACUAAGAAGCUCAUGGAACUUGAAAGCAGGUCUUUCUUUCCUUCUCUGCCCCGGACCACUAAGGGGCCUACACUGCUGUAAGCCCUGUUUCAAGUGCCUUUCGGAGUUGUCUUGCCACACUGUGAAUUGAAGACUGCUGUGAUUUCAUUGCUUAUGUGCCCUGCUAAUCAGGCAGACUCCAGGUCUACCUCCUUGGUGAAGUGCAACUUUCCUAGAGCCUUGUUUAGAGCAACACACCUUUUCUCCCUUUAAAAACUAGAGCUGGGGGUAGGGUUACUUAUUUUGAAUAGAAGGGGUAUCUUUCACACUUUGUCCCUGCUAGAGUUCUAGCAUAACACGGCAUUGCCUUCAACCACUUUUAAACCACACCCUUGGUUUCAUCUUUUUGGGUGGCUUCGCUGAUUCCACACACACUCAACUGUAUCAAAGCUUUUUCUUUUGCAACCAGGAUUUCUCUCAGACCUCACUCCCGAUUGCAAGAGUUUUGACAGCAUUCAUCUUCUUACUAAACAUGUGUUAUGAUUAGAAACUAAUCAUCAGUUUCUCAGCUAUUAAUUUCUUCCUGAAUAUGCAUUCAUCAGCUAUUGACCUGUAAACGUCCCAGAACAGAAAGCUUGGUUUGGGGUCUUCACCUGAUUGCCAACUUUUACUCUCUUGCCUUUCCCACUCUCCCCUGCAAAAAUAGCACUAUUUAUCUAAGAUCCUAUUUGCCCCCAAACCUUUUGUUUCCCUACCUCAUCUUCUGAAGUGUGCUGGGUAAAUGAAUAUGUACCAUAUUCCUUAAGACAUUAUUUCAAGUGCAAACAUCCUGAGAUGAUAGACUGACAACAAUGGCAUUGUCGAACACACUGGAUCAGUGAAUUCACAUAAUAUGUGGGCAACUAGAAUAAUAUAUUAUUGCUUUGAAAAAGAGCCUGAGGAGGGGAAAUAUGUGCUUUUCCCCAACUGCAAGGACUUUUGUUCUGCAUAAAUGGGGGUGGGGGUGAGGAGAGACACCUGACUGGGGAGAACUAUUGCUUGUAAAGAAAGGGCUUAGAAAAGGAAAUAGCUACGUUGAAGGUUGUACCCUGGAGCCAAUUACUUUUGUACCUUUUUUCACAAGCAUACUAUAUAGUACUCUAAAGAUGUGAGGAACUGGCUGGGAGGACUUGAUAUAGAUUAACAUAGGGAUACCCAGGACCAAAAAGCAAUACUGUCUGGAUCCCAAUAGUCCUACCAACUUUUGUCCAAGGUAUGAUAGACAUUUUGUCCAUACAUUCCCUCAUGAGGAAAACAUAUUUUUUUCAAAAGUUGUGAGAUACAGUGGUGUUCCACACUUCUGAUGUUUACACCUAUUUGGGUCUUGUACAAUAAUGCCUCAGUUAUACACAAAUGUGUAUUAAAUCUGCAAAUGUGGAAUCCUUGCUGUUAGAUGGUGCUGACCCUGAGUGCCUGCAAGGCUGUUGAGAUAGUCUGGACCACAGUCUGGAGUGACCUAAAGAAUACAGAGGUUGCCCAUUCCUGCUUUAAUGGAUUAGCUAAAUAUGGGAAAUGGUUUCAUGCUAAAGUGUCAGACAGUAAGUAAAAAAGAGAAAGUAUGUGAACAAGUGCCCAUGUUGCAAAGGGGGAAACACAAGAUAUAAGAAGGCUAGGUGUAUCUUAACUGGGCAGCUGGAGUAUGUCCAAGAUAAAUCUAAAAGUUUCCAAGGGUACCAGUAUAAACAUAAGUCAACAUUGUGGUAUUGUGGCAGAAAUGGCCACUGCCAUUUGAAGGUGCCCACACUAGUGGCAGCCAAUAAUGUGGAGCAGUGGGGAAAUUCACCAUGUGGUGAUUCACAUGAUGAAUAAUAUUACACAUUACAGGAGAGAAUUUAAUAUGGGGGUCCCCAUUUGCAGGUACAGCUGCAGUUCCAUUUCCCCUAUAAUAUAUAAUUGAAUUCUUAGCAAAAGACUUGUGAAGUAGAAGUAUCAAAAAAUUUUGGCACUGGAAAGAACUUGGGUGGAAUGCUGUGUUCAACACAGUGAAUGCAGAUCAUGCUGACAUAACGGAAACAAGACUUACAAGGAUGGUCACAGGGUCUGGGAAACAAAUCCUGUAGAGGGAGGCUGAAGGAACUGGGCAUGUUUAACCAAAACAAAAGAAGGCUAAGGCUGGAUUCAGUGCAUACUUAAUUGGGAGUAAGCUCCAUUAAACUGUGAGACUUACUUGCAAGUAAGCAUGCAUAGGAUCAGGACGCAGGAGGAGUAUAUUGAAAGUUUUAAGAUUAUUUAAAGGAUAUCAAAAAAUAUGUGUGAAAUCAAUUGAGCAUCCUGUGCCUCAUGGAUAGGAAAUGAUACCAUGGGUCUGGGCUGCGGGAAGAUGGUCUCGGAUUAAAUAUUUGGAAACAGAUUAUAAGAGUACUAAUGGUAAGAUCAAUUCAGCAAUAGAAAAAGUUGCCUGGACAAUUUGCAGAAUGACUUCUUCGUAUAUGCAGGGGAUACUUAAGGAAUGGCUGUUUAGUAUUAGAAGUUUCCUUUGAUGAUCCAAAGGAUUUCCUUGUAGCUGAACAAUUGCACACAUAGUACCUAGACUUUCUGAAUAUGGGGGGGGGAGAAACUACUUUGACUAAAACAUUUUCAAUCCAUAUUUGGAGUUUCCAUACAUGGUACAGCAUUAGGGUGGAAUAAUUUAACAUGUUUACUUUUGAACUAUAGUAAAAUGCAGGUAGUGUGCUUUUGGAGGAACUGGCAAAAACAUGAAUGAUUGCAAGAAAACAUCCCUCAUAUAUUAUACUAGAUAGAUACUGUACCAUAGCAUUACACAAGGACAAUCCCUUGGCUCUUGCCAUAGAGGUGCAUUUUAUGAUGCAUAAUCUCAGGUGUAUGCUUUGAAAUGUUGGAACCACUAUAUUGUAUUUAUUUUUGGAUGUGUUCACUACUGACAUUUGUACUAGGACCACUUUGAAAUGGGAAGGCAUCUGAUGUUGUUUUGCCUCCCAGCUUAUGGCUUUGUUUAACACAAAAAACCUUAUUUUUUUAGCAAUACUUAUCUUUGGAACUCCUGCUUCCUUCAAAGGGGAGUGGUUAGCAAACAAAUACAUUUCUAAAUGCUGUCCAUCUUGCCUUUAAAAAUAAGUGUUCUCCUUCCAAUAAUCACCUAUGACAAAGCUGAUAGAUCGAUGAUAGGUAUUGCUGUUCAGAUUAUUUUUCCUGUAAAAAUGUAUACCUAUAAUGUGAUUUGUACUGCAUUCUUGAAUAAUCCACAUUUCUAUAACAAAAAUAAGGAUCUGCAGAUCAUUGUUAUUUUAUUUGAUCUGUAUGGCCGUUCUCCAGCAUCCAUGGAGAAGCCAUUGGGCACUUGUUGAGUGUACCAAAACCUUACAAAGGAAACACUUCUGUCCCAAAAGAACAAGAGCCCCACCCAUGCAGAUCCCCUUGCUGGGUUAUCGGCAUAUAAAGCUCAAAUAAUCUGUGCAUCUGAAUCUGCAACCUCAGCAAAGUGCACAUCUGGAAGCAAAGCAGCAGCCUAAAACCAUACAUCAGAUUCUAUCUGCAUGGCCUGUCAACUGGCAGGAAGGUGUGUUCACAUCCUGUUACCUUUUUUAAAAAGACCAUGCAUAUAUUUGGACAGGAUCCUUUUGAGGUUCCUCUUAAAAACAGGUGAGGGCUAGUGAAAUAGUUACAAUUUUUUAUAAAAAAAAUCUCUCUUUGCUCCCAAUAAUUGUUUUCAUGUUGGUUGAGGCCAUUUUUCCUGAUUGCUGUUACAGCUGUUGGUUGUCUGUCCUCAACAACUAUAUUUUGACUGGUUUUAUAUAUAUUUGUGGAAAGAGUUGUGGCCACCUGAGGAUGUGAAUUUUUUCCUACUGUACUUGAAACUUACUGUGAGAGCAAAGAUCAGAAGUAGUCUACCACACUUGGACGCCGUUUACUUCCAAACUAUGUGGCAAAAGUUGGAAUGUAUGUUCCAUCUAUUUCAACAGAACUUACUUGCUUCAAAGUAAUGUGUUUAGUGUUAGAGGGUUGAGAACACUGUACAAUCAAAUCCAAACUGUCCACUGAAAAUAUACUUACCUUUGGCUUGUUUCCAUGGAUAGUGUUAGGUAUGCUCCAAUACUCUCAUUAAUGCUGCAGAUUUUCAUUUUACAGUAACAGCCCAACAGUACUCCCGUGUUAGAGGAGAGGCUGCAGCUGAAAUAUAGCAGCUUACUAGUGGAUCCCAGUGAGACCUGAAUCCAGCUCUCUCCUCUGAUGCAGAGACUAUGAUGCUACUAUAUAUUUAUAGUUUAUUGGCAUUCAGAAAACUGUCUAUUGAAACCAUGACAGAUUUGUAGGAUUCCACUCUAGCAAAGUUUAUAAAAUUCAGUUGUGAACAGCCCUGUGCCCCUAGCUGGAAAUUUGCUAUAGCACAACAGUGAAAAAGAAGACUUUGUUUUCACAACUACUGUUUUGUACAUAAAAAACUAUGACGUACUGUAAUGCAAUGCAAUGAUGGUGAAGCUAAUAAACUUAUGAUUAUCAAUAAAG